ACAUGCAUUUUUUCUGUCUUACAGGAAGUUUUAUUACAUCACUCUGCUAAGGGAUCCUGUGUCCCGUUAUCUCAGUGAAUGGAGGCAUGUCCAACGAGGAGCUACCUGGAAAACAUCCUUGCAUAUGUGUGAUGGCCGGACACCAACCCCUGAAGAGCUGCCAUCAUGCUAUGAAGGCACAGACUGGUCAGGCUGCACUCUUCAGGAGUUCAUGGAUUGCCCAUAUAACUUAGCUAACAAUCGCCAAGUGAGGAUGUUGGCUGAUCUGAGCUUGGUAGGCUGCUAUAAUAUGUCCUUCAUACCAGAAAACAAGCGAGCACAGAUACUGCUGGAAAGUGCCAAGAAAAAUCUCAGAGACAUGGCCUUUUUUGGCUUGACAGAAUUUCAGAGAAAAACCCAGUAUUUGUUUGAGAGAACUUUCAAUCUAAAAUUUAUCAGGCCAUUCAUGCAGUAUAAUAGCACAAGAGCAGGUGGAGUGGAGGUGGACACCAAGACCAUACGGAGGAUUGAAGAACUUAAUGACUUGGACAUGCAGCUGUACGACUAUGCAAAAGACCUCUUCCAACAGCGCUAUCAGUACAAGAGGCAGCUGGAGAGGAUGGAGCAGAGAAUAAAGAAUCGGGAAGAAAGGCUUCUUCACCGAUCGAAUGAAGCACUUCCCAGGGAAGAGACCGAAGAACAAGGACGGUUGCCUACCGAGGACUACAUGAGCCAUAUUAUAGAGAAGUGGUAGCAUUGAAAGAAUUUUAUACAAAAAA